UGCACCUCUCUCCAUCACCCCUCGCUACCCCUAGCAAAGAUGGCCACUCUCAAGCCGAUCCGCUUCGAGUUCCCCGACGCCACGCUGGAGCGUCUGGCGCGCCGGCUGGACGACGCCCACCUGCCCGACACGCCCAUCGUGCCCGACGCCGGCUGGAAGUACGGCACGGAGCUCGGCAAGCUCAAGCAGAUUCUUGCCGACUGGAAGAGCGGUGCGCCGGCGCGCUCGGACGGCUCGCACGCCGAGGGUGGAGGCGUGCAGAAGUGGUGGAAGGGCGUGGAGAAGCGCAUCAACCGGCACCCCCACUUCCUCGUCGAGAUCGAGGGCAUCUCUGUGCACUACCAGAUCGCCAAGUCGAAGGAUCCGGACGCGGUGCCGCUCAUCUUCAGCCACGGCUGGCCUGGCUCCUUCUUCGAGGCCGACCUCAUUCUCGACCGCCUCUCGGCACAGUCCGACAAGGGCACGUCCUUCCACGUCGUCGUGCCCUCGCUGCCCGGCUACGGCCUCUCCGGCCCGCCGCCGCGCCAGGGCUGGACGCUUCAGGACACGGCGCGAGUCUUUGACACGCUCAUGACUGAGGUGCUGGGCUACAAGUCGUAUGCUGCUCAGGGCGGCGACUGGGGCUAUGCUGUGACGCGCUUCCUGGCCAACCACCCGGGCUGCAAGGCGUACCACACCAACUUCAUCGUGCCCAACCCGCCGAUGUACGCCUCGGCCAUCAUCGCUGCCGAGAAGGUCGGCGCCAAGGGUCUGGCGGCGCGCACUAUGCCCUGGCUGUUCUCCGACUUCGAGACGGGCCUCGUCAAGCGCGGCCUGGACUACCUCGACCAGGGCUUCGGCUACUAUUCGAUCCAGAGCACGAAGCCCGCGUCGCUUGGCUACGGCAUGCACGACUCGCCGGUGGCGGUACUCAGCUGGUUCCUGGACAAAUUCCAAGGCUGGAGCGACCCGGGCGCUCCUGCGUUCGCACCGAAGAGCAAAGCCGACAGCAGCAGCGGCAUCAACGAUGAGAAUCUCCUAAUCAACGUGACGCUUUACUGGCUGUCCGGCACGAUCCACACCUCCUUCCUACCGUACAAGGAGAUGGGCGGCCUGAUGUACCAGCUCGGCACCGACCGCAAGCUCACUGCGCCUGCGCGUGACAAGCCGUACGGACACUCGGGCUUCCCGUACGAGCUCGCCGGCUCGCCAAAGGCGUGGAUCCCGCGCUGCGGCCUCAAUCUCGUCUUCUACCGCACGCACGAGAAGGGAGGACACUUUGCUGCGCUCGACAACCCGGAGGCGCUCGCAGAUGACGUGCGCGACUUCUUCACCGAGUCGUUCCCGAGAGCAUGAAGCGAAGACAUGCAGGGUGUCAUUGGAAUAUCAGCUGAUGUUGAGACAGG